AUGGCACCACCGCAAUUCACGGAUUUUGGAAAGUCAACUAAGGAUUUAUUCACCAAAGGAUAUACUCAUGGACUUCUUAAAUUGGAUGUGAAAUCGAAAUCUGGACCUAAUGUCGAGUUCAAAAGUGAAGGCGAACACAAUCUUUCGACUCAAAAGAUCAAGAACAAAUUGGAAGUUAAAUACAAGAUUCCUGAAUAUGGUACAACUAUAACCGAGUCAUUGAACACUGCCAAUCAACUCGGAUCUAUUUUGGAGUUGAACAACCAACUGGCUAAAGGUCUGAAAGUGACUAUUGACACCAAAUAUACUCCAAAUUCUGGAAAGCGUGAAUGUCUCGUGAAGACUGACUUCUCGGGUGAGAUGGUCAGAUUAAACGCAAAUCUUUCUUUGGUUGGCGCUCCUGUUUUGGAAGUUUUUGGUGUUAGCAAGGUUUAUAAGGACUGGCUGGCUGGUGCCAAAGCAAAGUAUGAUCUUCAAGCAAAUGAACUCAAAGCUACUUCUCUUGCUUUUCUUCACCAAACUUCUGAUUAUGCUUUGCAUACCUAUACGAAUGAUGGGAACGAAUUUGGUGGAAGGUUCGUAUACCCAGGCAGUAGGUAA